CCUACUCCCACUCCCACUCAAUUUUGACCUCAAAUUAUUCCUUUUUCUUUUCACCAAAUUAAUACCCAAAGACGUGUGAUCUCUGAUUACUUGUCUAAGAGUCUCUACACCUUUCUAACUUUUCACUCUUGAUUAAUUCAAUCAUAAUCCAUACAGAAUUUGGACUAAAAUAUUUGAUUAGACAACGCAACACUCUAUAUAAUCCAACUCCCCUACCCCCACCGCCAUUCCCCACGCAACUGCCAACUCUUUCUACUUAUAUAUAUAAAUCCCCCAACUCCUUACCUUUCCCUCACUCUUCCACUCCAACAAAUACGAUUUCUCUACCAAUGGCUCUCGACACUCUCAACUCCUCGGCGGCCGUGGCGCCCCUCAAACCCUCCCGCCGCUUCGACGACAUCGACCCCUCCCGCGCCUCUCUGCAGUGGCCCAAAAACAAACGCUCCAAGCGCCUCAUCACCCGCGAUCAAUCCGAAGACGAGUAUCUCGCCCUCUGCCUCGUCAUGCUCGCCCGCAGCGACGGCGCUCGCUCCCCCGCCGCCGCCGGAACUGUCAGUCCUCCCGCCGCGGACUCGCCGAUCACCUGCGUCACAAAAGACAUAGAAACAUCUCACGCUACGCCGCCGACCACGGCGGCCGUUACCGCCCCCGCCGACGCCUCCAAUUCAUACAGGUGUGGCGUGUGCGACAAGGUUUUCCCUUCGUACCAAGCCCUCGGCGGCCACAAGGCUAGCCAUCGCGCGAAGCCUCCGGCAGCCACCGCGGUUGCGUCAGACGAAAGCAACCAGUCGGCCGCGGCGGCGAAUCACGUCUCCGCCCUGAACCCUAGCGGGCGGCUCCACGAGUGCUCAAUCUGCCAUAAGAGUUUUGCGACUGGGCAGGCUCUCGGUGGACACAAGCGGAGGCAUUACGAAGGCGUGAUCGGCGGCAGUGCCGUCAAGAGCCGCACCACCUCCUCCAACGGCGGCAUCGUCCGGAAUUUCGACUUGAACAUGACGCCGCCGCCUGAACUACAGUGUGGUGAAGAAGUGGAAAGUGCGCUGCCGCCUUUAUCCGAUUAAAUAUACUGGAAUUCGUUUUACAAUAUACUAGUAUUAAAGUAGAUACAGAUAUAUUUAUAGAAUUAGAGGGGAGAAAAGUGAUUGGAUUCUUUUAUUCAUUGAUGAUCAAUUAUUCUUGUAUUAGUAAUUCUUUGUUCUGUCAUUGUUGAAUUCAUAUGGUUGGAUUAGAUGACUAAUACCAAUUCUGGAUUAA